AUGGAGAAUGGCAUUGGAAACCUGCCCGGUCUGAAGAAUACUUGGAGUGCUUUGCGGAAAAAGAAACCGGAGGUUAUUUGGUGGUCUCUUAUUUGGUUCCCUUAUGCAAUCCCUAAGCAAGCUUUCUUGUUAUGGUUGGCUGUGAGAAACUGCCUUACUACUGGAGAUAGGCUUUUGGUUUGGGGAUACAAAGGGGACACUCAGUGUGGUUUCUGUAGACAUGGGUUGGAAAGCCGGGACCAUUUGUUCUUUCGAUGUAGCUUUAGUUCCAGAAUCUGGAAAAAUUGUAUGCAGAGAUGUAAUAUUGAAAAUCCUGAUAUUGACUGGCUAAAUGUGAUGGAUACAGGCUAUAGGCAGUGGAAAACUAAGAGAAUGUGGGGUGCUCUUUGCAGAUUAGUCCUACAAUCUGGUGUUUAUCAUCUGUGGAGAGCAAGAAAUGAAAUUAAGCACAAUGGAUGUCCUAAAACUGAAGAGCAAGUGCUUCGAUCGAUCUAUUGGGAUGUUCGUUCCCGAUUUUCUGGAAAUGGUAGAUUCGCAAAGACUAUGGAGAGUGUUAAUCUCUGUUUAAACUGGAACAUAUCUUUUUCUGUUCUGGUUUAG